AUGGGGCGAAGAAAGUUGAAACUGGAGUUUAUUGAGAAGCAGAAAUCACGGCUCCUAACUCUGAAGAAUAGAAAGGAGGGGUUGAAGAAGAAACUCCACCAACUCACAACUCUCUGCGACGUCCCCGCCUGCAUGAUCAUCCGCGACCCCACCACCAACUCCACCUCCAUCUGGCCGGAGGAUUCCGCCCAAGUCCGCCGCCUAAUCGACUCCUACAAGGCCGAUCCCGGCGCCGUUAAAACGUACAGGGUGUCCGAUUUCUUCAACGAGCGGCAGAGGAGUGCCGAGGGUGAACUCGCGAAGCUGCAGAAGAAGAAUUUGGAGACCGAAUUAAGCACCUGGGACGAUCGCCUCCACCUCAUGGACGAGUCCCAGUUGCGGGAAUUUGGCGCGGCGGUGCGCUCCAAGGCCCUGGCCAUGCGAUCAAGAAUCGACUUCUUGAAACGGGAGGCGAUUAUCAAGAAGGAGAAGGAGAGCAAUGAGAUGCUUUAUUUGGGCGAAUUUGAAGAAAUUGUUGAUCAAGAUGGAAUCUUUUCGAUUGCUGAUGGUAUGGAUGGGAUAAGCGGCGAUGAUCAACUUCCGGUGCCGGAAUUCUACUGCCCGCCGCCUCUGGAGACGUUUAUGGAUCACAAUUAUCUCAAUCAAGGCUACUGCUCUUCAAUGGAUGUGAAUCAGAAUGUGGAUUGGUUUGGUGGGUGA